AUUCCUCUUCCUCUGCAUCUUCUUCUUCUCCGGCGAGCAGAAGCGCCGACGAUCGGAAGGCCCCUCCAGCGACGACUUAGGCAACUCCGGCAGCAGCUUGAGCCAACGGCGAAUUCCAGCGAUUCAACGGCGGCGGUGCUCCGGCGAGUGACCUCCAGCGACCGGCGAAGUCUAGUCCUUGAUUGACUGAGUUCGGGCAGCAAGUCGAUCCGGCCAGCAGGGGCAGUUUCAACGACCAAUUCGGGUGACCGGCUCCGGGUGAUGUUCCUAGGAAUUGAAUCGAACCAACGAGGUGGUUGUGGUUGAUUGACUCUGGAAUCCAUCCCAGAGAGCAGCAUGAUGGAGGAGAUGUACGGAUGCAGGGAUUUAAUGUUUGAUUUAAUUAUAAGGCUUCCGCACUGUUUGUAUUAACUCUGAUAUCUCAAGGCAUCUUCAUAUUCCACUGAUCCAGUUGUGAAGGGAGAGUGUGCUUUACGCGUUCUCCGUGACAUAUUUCUUGCACGCGUUCCUUUGCCGGUGUAUUCUUCUACUGCUGCGUUUCUUCCUCGACCAGGUUUGUGCCUAAAUAUACAACUAUUAGGCAGGCAAUUCUCCACUCUGCUCAUUUGUUUCAUGACAACAACAUUUUGGGCACCUUUAUGAGAAUAAGGUUCUCAGGUAACAAAAAAAAUAAGAGCACAGUGAAAAAAGGUACACCUCUGAACUUCUGAACUAUUCUCAUUGAGGUAAGGGAAUUUUUAGAGUUUCUUAUAUGGUUUUCAGUGUAUUUGCUUUCGGACCUAUUCACUUUUCAUGAACAUUAUCAGUCUUCUUUGACCUAGAAACAUUCAUUUGUUUUUUUCCUCGAAAACUUAAUAAUUUUUUUUCCAGUUUCUUCUAAUACGGUUCUUUUUUCAGUGUUCAAUAUCAUUCAUUUUACUUUUUUUUGUUUGCUCUGGGUUUCAAUUAUUUUGAUUUAGCCUUAUGCUUAUAGCUACACCCAUGGUGAUCAGUCCCCGGAAGUUACCAAGUGCUUAGGCACCGUUUGGACAGGGAAAGACCGUUACAUCUGGAUCGACUUAGGGGCUGGCCCAGUGGAGUAUGGUCCAGCACUCUAUGGCGAUGGUCUUAUGCCUAGGGGCGAGUUUCAUCCACUGGCGUCUAUCCACGGCCGACCCAAGUCUCAAAAGUCUAUUCUUUCUGACUUGGCUUCACUGGUUUGGAGUGCUUACCAGUACGAAGCAUGAAAUGGAUUGGCCAUUCUAGCCGCCCACCGCCCCACGAUCCAAGCCUCUUCACAGCGGAGUAUUAUAGAAAAGAAUGGUUUCCACGGUUUCAGCCAGUUUCUUCUUCCUACAGUUUCUUCUUCCGGUGCGCCUAUUCUUGCUUCAACUUUGCAGGUGACACAAUACUCUUCGUGCUCCGUCUUUAUCUCAUCAACUUCUUGUUCCUCUUCCUUGCAAAUGGAUGCAGAAGAACAAAUCAUACACAUAAAACCAAAUUCCAGGUCAUGGAGCUGCAAAGUUCUGGUGGUUGAGAAGUUGAACGAACGCGAAUCAUUCAAUAAACCUGGACUAACAUAUAAACCUAUAAUCUUGCAAGACAGUGCUGGACACAAGGUCAAAGCAAUGACUUAUGGACAAGAUAUUGCCAUAAUCGACAAACGCAUCCAGCUGAAUGGCACAUAUAAGGUAUUUGAUGCAAGGGUUUCGCAAGCGACGCAUGGGUUUGCGGUCCCUGAUGAAACUUAUAGGUUCAUUUGGACAUUGAAUAGAAGAACAAUGAUUCAUGACGUCAGUCCCGAUGAAAAGCUCGUACCUCAGCCAACUGCAGAUGCUGAAAUUGAACCAUUUUCAAUGUUCUACAAAUCAAUGUGGAGUAAAAAAGAUAUCAAUGUACUUGGAGCUGUUAUUUCCAAAUUGGCCCGCAGGUUUGUCUUCACAAAAAAAGGUCAAAAGACAACAACCGACUUCAUCAUCAUAGACCAAGAGAUGAAAUGUUGUUACGCAUCCUCCGUUAUCCUUAUUGAAUAAAUAUUGUUUUCAACACCUCGAAUCAAUACCAUAUCAAACCUCGCACCUAGGAAUCAUGCUCCUAGGGACAGAGACCCUCAAACUCUAACGUCUCUCUGGUGCAGACGCUUACAAGGAUGCCAUUGGCCAAUUUGCCGCCCACCGCCCCACGACACACCCUGCGUCGCCGUUAACCGCCCCACCAUGGGUCAAGCUUUUAUGUCUUCCUGGGAUUGCAGAUGUCACUCUUCUUCUCCAACUCCUCUCUGCCAAACCAAGGUGAUUUAAAUACUGCUUGUGCCCCGUUUUGAUCUCUUCAGCCCAUUUUGUUUGGGUUCCAUUUUUCUUUGGUGGAGGGCCCAAUUAUGUUUUUUCCUUGGUUGACUAACAAAAGGAAGGAAGUAAAAGGGCUGGGCAGUGGGAGGACUUACGAUAGAGCAGAGAGAAAAAAAAAUCAGAAUUGAGAGAGGAAAGGUGGUGGUGCAGAAUGUACAGACCAGCCGCACAAAUUCGAUCAUCGCCGGAGAUCCAACCGUUGGAUUGAGCUGAAAUUUUCAGAGGUUGUUCCCAACACUUAGGGCUUCAAUCUGUUCAAUUUUCACGUCAAUCGGAGCUACGGAUCUUCUGUAAUCGCAGCUGGUGCGACGCUGCGUUUUUGGGUGAUAAUCCUGAUUUUCCUUCUCUAUUGUUGAUGGCUCUUAUGUAUGUUGUUGUUGGUGGGCUGUGACAUCCUUGUAGACUGAGUUUGGG